CCCCUCUCUCAUGCUCUCACCUUCCAUGUAAGCAAUACUGAUCAUGCAAACGGAUCCUAGACCGAAAGUCCUCCUCUUUGGAGCCGGUGGCGUUGGCACAGUUUACCUUUACCUUCUCUCAAAAGUGUCAUCCAUCACAGCGGUCUGCCGGUCAAACUACGACAUAGUAAAGAAAGAUGGCUUCAUCAUCAACUCUUCGCUUUUUGGCCAGAAUAUCCACUUCACGCCCGAUGUCGUACGCGACUGCAGUGAGGCAGCGUCCUUGGACCCAAGGCCAUUCGACUUUAUUAUCGUGUGCAGCAAGGCCACUCCAGCCACCAUUCCAAGACUGAUAGCUCCAGCAGUGACCCCUGGUUGUACCACUAUUGCACUUAUUCAGAAUGGGAUCGGCAUCGAAGAUGAGUACAUCGAAGCUUUCCCAGCCAAUCCUCUCGUCAGCUGUGUUGUCUAUCUCCCGGCAACGCAACGGCCCCUAGGCGUCAUUAAACACGGGGAAAUUGAGCGUCUCGAGAUUGGAAGCUAUCCCUCAUCAGCCUCAUCUGAACACGCCAAGGCAUUCGCUGAACUUUUCGCUUCUGCUGGCGCAACCGCCGAGCUUUACGAAGACGUCCAAUCCAUGCGAUGGUUCAAGCUUUUGGCUAAUGCAUCCUGGAACCCCCUCUGCGCCCUUACUCAAUGUACCGAUGCAGAGUUCAUGGAGUCUUCGUCGCCCGCAACAGGCCUGGUGUUCGACAUUAUGUUGGAAGUCUGUGACAUUGCUAAGGCCUACGGCUACACCAUUUCGCGACAUGAAGCCGAGCAUCAGCUUGGACGAGCCAAGGCCAGGAUCUACCACAAGUCUGGAGUCGAGCCAAGCAUGUUGCAGGAUGUGAGAAGUGGUCGAAAAUUGGAGGUUGAGGCAAUCGUUGGCAAUGCGGUGAGAAUGGGCAAAGCAAAGGGUGUGAAAUGUGAGAAGCUGGAAAUGCUCUAUGUCCUUGCAACAGCACUGGACUCGCAAGUCAGGAGGGAUGUGGAGCGAUGAAAUUACGACAAUACUCAACAUAUAUACAGUUGUGUUGCAGAGUGCCUUUUAGGGGGCUGAGAUUUGAGAAUUCGAAAGGAAGACGUAUAGGCUCUGAAUUCUCGGCAUUCAUUAUUAAGUCGUGGCGAUGAAAGCUCCUAGGUGGUGAGCGACUAGAGGUGGAAAUCAUGUAGAGGUUUUACAGACAAACAUCUACAUAUGAGGUGGGCAAGCAUGCGGCUAUGUUAAAGGGUGUUCAAGGGUAUCUAGCUCCACUAUUAGAACAUUGCCUGUUCGGCUAGACUCUUACUAACUUCUUG